CCAAGCGACGCCAGCAGGAGCAGAAGUAAGGAAAAGGACACGAGCAGACAACGCCUCAUUCCUUCUUCAACUCUCGUCAGGAACACAUCUCAAAAAUCGCGUCCGCCAUUUCUCCAUUGUCGGAAACGAGACAAGAGGGUUUUAAGAAAGAUAGAAAUACGAUGGAUAAAUUAUUAGCAGAAUUUGAGAAAUUAGACGACCAAGUCAUCGUCGACUGGAUGGCCAACGAUUUCUCACUUGAAGCUUUCGACGAGGUGCGCGAGUCGACGUUACCGGAAGAACUUCUGUUGGAACAACAGUUUGACAACAAAAACUAUGCCGUUAUAACUGAGAAUUCGAAGAUUAGGGUCACAAAAUCAAGAUUUUUUCAACUUCCGCCGUCGACUAGUGUGACCAUUCCCCUAGGGGCUUUUAGCACCGGAAUUCGAUGUCAAGUUAUGGGGAUUGAUUCAGAGGGCUUUGUAUUCAUUGGAUUUCCACAUCAUCCACAUGAGACAAGGCAUCUGGCAGUAAUGGCUCGGUUAAAUCAAAUAUACAAUAAUCUUGACUACCAUCACAUGCGUGCUGAAUCAACGGAAAUCGUCGUGGGGGAAAUUUUGGUUGGAAAGAUUCGCAGGAAGAUAAGCCAUGACCGAACCGACCUCUUUCUACGUGUCCAGGUUGUACAGAUUGACCCUGAGAGGGAGACCAUUACUGCCGUGGACAUUGACGAGCAAGUCACGUACAACUUUCACAGAACCGAUAUGUAUAGAAUGAUGAAGUACUUUUAUCAAUUUCCAAUGCGGGCAAUCAAAUGCAUUCUGGCUGGGCUCGAAGAAUUUAUUGGAACUUCAGUUAUCACGGAUGCUAUUAGAUCGUCCGAAUGUACAGACUUUAACAUGAUUGUUAAAAUUGUUGAGGAUUUGGAUGCAGUGGACGAGAUUCCAAAAAUCAUACUCUACACAUCAGACUUGGAAAUUAUUAAUUCUGACUGGUCAUUCAAUCGUGACAUUUGUCGAAGCAUCACAAACUGGAAUAAUACGCCAUUGAAGUUUCUCUAUGACAUGAUUCUGACUGACGUCCGAAUUACUCACGCCACGGUCAGCGGGAACGUAUGGGUCCAACUUCAAUCUGGCCUCAUGGACGUACUGCAGGAUCUCCAUCCAAUUCGAAAUGUUUUCAUGGAUUCCCGUCACAUUUUGACCACUGUUUCUGCAUUAAGGAAACAGGGGAAAGAAGCGUUCGUUAUGGAGUUUGAUGGGAAAUAUCGCCGAGUCACUGUCCAUAGCGAUCAGCCCACAGCCAUUCGCCGUCAGAACUUGGAAGAACCAGAUGAUGAUACUGCCGACACGGAGGUGUUCUUAACCCACACAGAUUUUGGAACAACUCAACUUGGCUACUUGGGACAGCUUAUUCCAUUCUCAUAUUUUCCUGAAAUAUUAGAAGACGUUCCACCCCAGGGAUUUGCAGCUACACUUGGAGUCGCAAAGGGUGAUGUAAUAUUGAAAAGGAAAGAUAUCGACCUCCUUCGUCGGACAAAGGGCUUAAAAAUUGGAUUCUCUGCAGAGGAAAAGCCCAGCCCAGCAAUGGGAACUCCAGUGAUCACCGUCUACUUUCCCGCUGAUAACAGAAGAAAUAACUUCCGGCGACCGGAUGUUCGGCCUGAGUCGCGAUGUUCGAAUGCAAGUGGGGGCAGCAGCAACAGCAGCAGCAGCAGCAGCAGCAACAGCAGCAGCAGCAGCAGCAGCGGUAGUCGUGGAAGCAGCAACGACAUCAGCGCGUGUCAGGACAGGCUGCCCUACCAGAGGUAUCUCCUACCACUGGAGGAGCGGUAUAACAAGUUGGAUGGACGCCUCUUCGAGUACAACUAUGACCACAAAUCGAUUCAAAUGUACAGGAGACACAUCAGCGUCCUCGAGUAUGCACCCAACACUGUCUCAAUUUAUAAGAACAAGCAUUAGUCGUACUAUUAGUAAUGCGUAUUAGUAAUUGGGAGUGCUUUUCUUAUUGUACAAAAUGAAUUAAUUUGUACUAGAGAUAAAUAUUGGGCUAAUGGAUUAUUCAAUAAAUCACAGUAUGAUAUUACUGUGCGACUCUA